UUCAACUAGAACUCAAACAGUUAAAUCCAUCCCUCUCCUCCUGCCUCACUCGCCCGCCUCUCUCACCACCUGUUAGUGUGAAACCCUCGUGCACGCUCACGCUGUGCACGCUCGCGGCCGCCGUUUGUGUAGGAAUCUCCUCCACUCACACUCAGAGACUCUAUGACGGUGCAGAGGGGAAAGAAGCUCAGCAUCUCCAUCCAGGAACACAUGGCCAUAGACGUCUGCCCCGGACCAAUCAGACCCAUCCGUCAGAUCUCCGCCUACUUCCCCCGGCUCUCCCCCACCUCCCCCACCCCGCUGUCCCCCAACCCGACCUCGCCCCCUCCGGCCCUCAGUCCGGGCUCCGGGGCUUCGGGGAUGGGAGGCCCCCAGCUGCUGUCCCCUCUGCUGGCUGAGGGUCGGCCAGGCGGCGGCGGGUCUCUGUCCCUGACCAGCAGCAUCGAUACGUCGGUGGAGAUCCACAGCUCCGACAGUGACGACUGCACUGCUUUGGGAACGUUGGAGUUUGAGCUGCGCUACGAUCAAAGUUCCAGCGAACUGCACUGCACCGUAAAGAGAGCCAAGGGCCUGAAGCCGAUGGACUUCAACGGUUUGGCCGAUCCGUACGUCAAACUGCACCUGCUGCCUGGAGCCUGUAAGGCCAAUAAGCUGAAGACGAAGACGAUCCGUAACUCCCUGAACCCAGUGUGGAAUGAAACGCUGACCUACGUGGGCAUCACCGAGGAGGAUAUGCACCGCAAGACGCUCAGGUUGACUGUUUGCGAUGAGGACAAACUGACUCACAACGAGUUAAUUGGAGAAUCCAGAGUUCCUCUGAAACGAGUGAAACCGGAUCAGACGAAACGUUUCCACACCUGCCUGGAACAUCCACCUCCGCUUCCGUCUCCGACUGCGAUGGGUGAAGCCCUUCGAGGAAUCUCCUGCUACCUCCGAGAGUGGGAGAAUGAACAGCUGCACAGUCUGGAGGAAAGAGGUCGUCUUCUUCUCUCGCUGCAGUUCCUGCCUCCUCUCAGCUCGGAGGACGAAGAUGUCGAGGCAGGAAGUGAAGGUCGUCGCAGUGGUGGUCUCUGCGUCGGCGUGAAGCGUUGUGCCCACCUGGCAGCCAUGGAUGUCAACGGGUUCUCCGACCCCUACGUCAAAAUAUACCUGAAGCCUGACAUACAGAAGAAAUCCAAGCACAAAACAGCCGUGAUGAAAAAGACCCUGAACCCUGAAUUUAACGAGGAGUUUUUCUAUGAGAUCUCGCUGUCGGAGUUGGCCAACAAGACUCUGGAGGUGACGGUGUGGGACUACGACCUCGGACGCUCCAAUGACUUCAUCGGUGGCGUCUGUCUCGGCUGCCAGUCACAGGGUGACGCCCUCCGUCAUUGGACGGACUGCCUGAAGAAUAAAGGCCGCAGGGUGGAGCGGUGGCACAUCCUGACCAAUGAGCUGCCGCGAACAAUGAGCCACGACUAAUGCUGAGCAGCAGCAGUAUGCAGACGGUCACUGUCAGGGAUCACAUGUUUUACAGGGAUCCACUGGUUUCUUUAACGGACGAACGCAAGCAACUUCACCACAGGAAGCAGCAGUAACUGAGAGGACAGGUGUAUUAUAUUAUAAGAGGGACUAUGAGGGUUGAAGGGCAGGGUGAAGCCAGAGCAUCAGGGUGUGUGCCUUCAUUACUGGUCAUCUGGAGUUAAAGCACUGUCAGCACCACACCUGCACUCAUACAUACAUGACAAGGUUACAUAUGGAGGGUAGAACUCACCAAAGUGAAGCAGACAUUUUGUAGAUUUGUCAUAUGACAUCAAUGCAUGGGUUGUUUUUCACAACAGCCAGGUGAAAUUCAGAUCUUUAGUUUCUUACUUGCCGUUUCCAUUCAGAAUUUCCAUGUUGACAUAAACUUCUUGGGUAUAGCAAAUCAAAUCAUUUAUUUUUUAAAAAUUCUUAUUCAUUCUUCUUAUGUUUUGUUUAUGACUUUGGCUGCAGCCCUGCUAGUGGCGUGUUGUAUAAGAUUUAUAUACCCUUCUAAUUCAGAAUGUAAGAAACAUGCAUGGACGUAUUGUGUUGCACCUGUAGACUGUAUAUAAAAGAUGGCUGUAGCCACCGUGGCAUCACUCAUUGGUUUGCGGAGAACUAUUUUGAAGCAUACUCUGCUUAUUCUUCUAUUUUCCUCCAAGUGGGACCAUAACUCACCAAACGAAAAUCAUGCUGUAUUUAAAGAGUUUGAACGAAUGAGUGAGAAAAGCUGAUCCUUAGAUGAAGUUCUGGGCUGAUUAUGAUAAUCUAAGCCUGAUCCUGUGUUUAAGCCACACAGAUGUUGUAAAUCUGAAUGAUUUAUUUUACUGACAAUGCAGCAAUAUCAAUCAGUAUUUGAUCAUGUAAGUUCAGCAUUUAUUGGUCCUGUGCUGAUUUUUGCUGGCAAACCUAAAACACAUAAAACGACCCCAAACACAGUUGUAACAUGUAAGAAGUAUGUCCUACCUGAUUCUGACUUAAUACAUGAGCACUAGCUGUAGGUCAUAAAGCCUCCCAGAAUACUUUGCCGUGGUGCCCCUUUACUGGCUAGACUCCCACAAUGCUGUCUGCUUGCCAACACAAACUGUAGUCUGAAUUACGCCUCCUCUGGUCUCUACAGUAUUAAACAGUAAGAGGCUCCACCUGGUGGAACAACCAGGUACUACAGUUGAUCUACAACACUUAAAGUGUGUAUUAUCGAGGAAAACGGUUCUGUUUAUUGGCAGAUCCUAAAUAUUAAAUGAUCUGGAUCAGGGGUUUAAAAACUUGAUUGUUUAUUGGACUUGAAAUAAAAUCAGAGAAGUCGCCCCCUGUUGGCUGUUAGAAAGAAUAGCUUCACUUUUUAGACCUGUAGGCUACAGCCAUCUUUCAUAUACAAGCUACAGAUAAAACUAAUUUUCCAAAUCUUCCUGGCCUACCUUUUACUCUCUGUUACUCUGUUACUCUCAGUUUUUAAGAAAUGGAUGUUCCCAGAGCAUUUGUUGGAAAAGCACGUUUGGCUCAUCGAGUUUAUUAACAUUAGACCGCUUUAGGUUUGUUUUGUUCUGUUCAGAACUGCCGACUUUCCAGCAACAUUUUCAGGGUAGAAAAAGGCACUUCUGAGCAACCCAGAAAAGCUACUAUGUGGGUCUAAAUGCUGAUCGGUUAAAGUUGGGGAAGACAUCAAGGACCAUUUCUGUGCCCUCUCAGCGUUGUCAUCCAGUAAGAGCCUGUUCUCUGAAAACAUACAGAAAUUACACUGGAGCAUUCUUAGAACAAUUUCUGCUCGGCUAUCUUCGAGUUCUUUUAAAUUUUUAUAGUACAAACUAUGAAUAUCUAUAAAGAAAACUGUGAAGUUUAAGAUUGUGUUGUUUUAAAAGUUGCCCUUCGACCCACAGUUUUUCGCAAAUUGAAACUUGAGGCUCUGUUUAAUUGACAAUUUCCAAUAUUUUCUUUUUUUUUUAAAACUUGGAUUAGACUAUUAAGCAAUGCUUUUAUUUUUGUGGUUCUACUUGUCAAAACUGCUCCAUCAGUUUUGUAUUAUUGUGACAUGCAGCUACAUAUGAUUUGCAAAGUAUCAUUAGUUGACUCAGAAACUAUUUGAUCUAUUUGUCCAAUACUGCAGAUUAUGAGUCAAUGUCAUGUUGAGGAAUAACUGUGAAGACCUUCACUUUAUACUAUCAGAGAUGGUCUGGAGAAAUUGCUCUAAAAAUGAUAUGAUUUGAGGUAGUAUGAACCUUUUGUAUUAAAAAGAUAUGCCAAAAAACCUGCUGAAAGUGGAUCGAAAAUGUUAUCUCAGAGAGUAUUUGUUAAAUCAAUGUAAAAUUUCACAAAUAUCUUUAUGAAUAUCCUUAUUUUAUGCUUUAGUUUCAGGGAAAUCAGAGAUGGCUGGAAGAAAUAGUUUUAAAAAACUGAUGAGCCUCAAAUUUCAAUGUGCAGAAGAAAACCCUGUUCAAAGUGGGUAAAUGGGCAAUUUUUAAAAAGUGUUUACCAUAAAGAAAUUGAUAAAUCAAUCUAAAAUAUUGCAGAUAUCUUUACUUUAUGGUAUAAUUAUGGUUCCAGAUGAUUUCAGAUGUAAUAAACCAUCAGUGUUGGUUGAAGGAUGCGAAUAUGAUGUCAUUGUCAUUUCAGAAACUUUUCUAACUUCUACUCCUUCCUCUCUUUAUCAGCACAAAAAAGCAGUUUACAGAGGUGGCAGAUUUACCAUGAAAACCCAAAAGCAACCUCUGAUUGUGAGCCGGUGACCGUUGUUCCACCCAUAAAGCUCCGUAUCGCACGGAUCACGUCUCUAUUGCACUCUUCAGUACAACUGUGAAAAAAACUCAGUGCAUCCCGUUGGUGAUGAUUUCUCAAUACAAGUGGUUCUUCCUCGUUGUUGCAUGAUGCAAUAUGUUGACUGUGGAUCUCUAUACUCCCCUUGCCUGUUUUCUAAUCCAAGUGUUGAAGUGAGACAUGAGACGUUCAGGUUCAGCUCCUGUUCCAUGUUUACAGUGUUCUUGUUCCUUCUUAUGCACGACUGAAUGUAUGAGUGUGGCUUUCUACACGAUAUCGUUGUUUACACUGAUCUCGUGCUUUACAGGUGUUCUUACAUUUCUAUCAGGUGUUUUAUGUACGAUGCAACAAUAAAUUUGGAAUGCAACACAGACGGCAGACUCAA